CACCAUGCAAGGGAGGUCACUCUGAAAGAGCGUAGUUUGACAUUUCUCUCAUGGACUUCUUUUUUUACAUUUAAGUCUACUAGUUUUUAUCGCAUAUACUGAAUUGUUAAAGACAUCGCUCUACUUUAUGUGUUCAUCAACAUUGAAAGUAAAGGGGGCAGUUGAAACUAAUGGAUGUCAAUAACCGUUAGCUUCACUUUGAUUCUUGAAACGAUAAACAUGAAAUGCGAAAAACCCAUUAACCGAAUCAACUAGACUAACAGGUUACAUCUUCUUUAACCCGGUUGUGGUUAUUUUUUUUUUACUAAAAAAAUAUAUUGGCACUGUAUGUGGCAAUCUGAAUCAUAAAAAAAACCAUUCAUAGUCGCUAACGAACAGAAAAUGGCAAAUAUUUUGGGUUACACAUGUAAAUUUGGUGCAAAACAUGCUUUGCCAUUCGCCUUGGUUAAUGCACGUCUUAGACAUUGCCUACUAUCUAAAGUAGCAGGCUUUUCUUGUGACAGUAGACAUGUAUCAGUCAUCUCAAAAUGUCAGAAUAAACAGUUAGUCAUAGCCAUGCGAUGGACUUCCAACAAAUCAAAGACAACAGAUGUAGACGCACAGACAGAGCCUCCAAAAACUGGAAAAGAACUGGACAUCAAAAGAAAAAAUCCAUAUGCAGACAUGACCACUGGUGAAAAGGUUAAAGAAGCUGGUAAAGACAUCACAUACGUUGGCUUUAUAGUUGCUGGAAUUGUGGCACUUGGCGGCUUAUUUUACUAUAUUGGAAGUGAGCUGUUCGGUGGUACAAGUGUCAACAGUGUGUACUCUAAGGCCUUUAAAAGAUGCUGCAAUGACCCUGAGGUCAAAGUAGCUCUCGGUGAUCCAAUCAGGGCUUUUGGAGAAGAAACCAGUCGAAGGAGAAGGAGACAUGUAUCUCACAUGGAGUACACGCAAGAAGGCAGACAGCACAUGAGAAUGAAGUUCCAUAUACAGGGUACGGACAGACAGGCAGACGUCAAUGUCGAGGUCGUAAAGAAUGACUCUGGUAGCUAUGGAUACCGAUACCUGUUCGUUCAGCUCAAGGAGUUCCCAUACAGGACAAUAAUCUUAGAAGAUAACAGAUAGCCAGUAACCAGACAGAGACAUUCACUUUUCCAAUGUAUAUCGACAUGAAUUUGUUUAGACAAAUGAAGCUUACAUAUGCAUAUAGACAAGUCGUUACAUUCAAUGUACAUGCCAUUGUAUGUGAUGUGGUUUUGCGAUGAUAUAUUGUAUUCGCCACCCUAAAUUAUUAUACCAUCACUAAACGAAGUUUAGGGGGGUACAUAGGAGUGAGCUUGUCAGUCAGCUGGUCGGUCGGUCGGUCCGUGUCCGCUCUCUAUUUCAAGUACUUUUCAUCCGAUCUUCACCAAACUUGGUCAGAAGUUGUAUUUAGAUGAUGUCUAGGCCAAGUUCGAACAUGGGCCUUGCCGGGUCAAAAACUAGGUCACGGGGUCACUUAGUGAGUUUUAAACAUUCAGCAUUUUGUCCGCUCUCCUAUUCAAGUAGUUUUCAUCAGAGCUUCACCAAACUUCGUCAGAAGUUGUAUCUAGACGAUGUCUAGGCCAAGUUCGAACAUGGAUCAUGGCAGGUCAAAAACUAGGUCACGGGGUCACUUAGUGCGUUUUAAACAUUGAGCAUGGUGUCCGCUCUCUAAUUCAAGUAGUUUUUAUCCGAUCUUCACCAAACUUGGUCAGAAGUUGUACCUAGAUGAUGUCUAGGUCAAGUUCGAAUAUGGGUCAUGUCGGGUCAAAAACUAGGUCACUGGGUAACUCAGUGCGUUUUACACAUUCAGCAUGGUGUCUGCUCUCUAAUUCAAGUAGUUUUCAUCUGAUCUUCACCACACUUGGUCAGAAGUUGUAUCUAGAUGAUGUGUAGGUCAAUUUCGAGCAUGGGCCAUGCAGGGUAAAAAACCAGGUCAAGGGGUCACUUAGUGCGUUUAAAACAUUGAGCAUGGUGUCCUCUAUUUUUUGUGAAGACAACAUGCAAAAUAUUCUGUGUCAAUGCAGCAUGUGGGGGUAUUCAUGUUUGUGACAAAGCUCUAGUUCAAGAACUACCGUAAUUAUAAUUUGCUAUGUUCUUGAGUACGAAUGCAUGAGUUUGUGUAAGUAUGUAGUCUUUGUGAUGUUUGUCCGGACUAACUAAGUUAUGCAUUGAAGUAUGUUCAAUAACAAAUUAAAGACCCAAUUCAUUAACACAAAAAACUUGUCUGAAAUGGAUUUUGAUGAACAUCUAUACGUCCAAAAUAAACAAAAACGGUGGAAUAGAAUAAUGCAAUGAAGAUCUUAGGACAAGAGUCAUACAAUAAAGACUUUGUCACAAAUGAAAAUAAGAUUUUUUUUAUCAAUAGAUUAUCUCCCAUCAAAGGAGUGACAAAUCGCAAGGCACACGUGUUAAGGAUUACUUAAGGUUUUGAAAUGAAUUAGAAUACGGUCCCCUGCAAAUGGGGCAUUUGAAAUAAAAAUAACAUUAAUCGCUGGAGCACAUUACAAUGGACACGUGUUGUACUUUAAACCCCCCCUCCCCCCGAAAACGAUUUUCCAAUUUGGGUCAUAUCAGAGUAAAGCUUUCGGUAGGUUGGUUGGGUGGUUUGUCGCUUUGUCCACCCCCAAUAAAAUGGUCAAGUGUGACAACUGCUAUACAUUCUUUAGCGGCUGAAUUGAAAAUGUCACCAUGAAGAGUAAAUGUGCAAGACACUUCCACGCCAAAGUUUCUGAGUUAUGCGCCUUUGAACUAACCCAAUGGAUACGGCAUCUAGGCCUGUGUAAAAUUAGUGCCCUGUGUGUCUAGUAACGUUUGUGACAAAGCUCUGGCUUUAUUUUUUAUGCUUGAUUGGUUUAUGCAAUUUAAAUGCAUGUUAAAUGUUCAAAGACACCUUUUUGAAAUAAUGAUAAUUAUAUUGAAGAAAAAUAAUGUUUUGUUAUGCAUAUUGGUGAAGUGAUUAAAACAUUUGAAUGUU